UGGUCUGAAAGCGACAGGGCGUGGCCGUCUGGCCGGGGCGGAGCGCACGCCGGCAGCGGGCGCGAUGGCGGCGGACGGGGACUGGCAGGAUUUCUAUGAGUUCCAGGAGCCGGCAGGGAGUGUCCAGGACCAGAACUGUAACGCGAACCCGGAGGCUGGAGCGGGGGCACACGCGGGCGGCGACAGCUUCCCGGCGCUGGCUUCCAGCCUGGAGGAGAAGCUGAGCCUGUGCUUCCGCCCCACGUCGGACGUCGAGCCCCCGCGGGCGACCGUGCGGCCCAUCACGGAGUGCAGCCUCCUGCAAGGGGACGAGAUUUGGAACGCCCUGACAGAUAAUUAUGGGAAUGUCAUGCCUGUAGACUGGAAGUCAUCACAUACGAGGACCUUGCAUUUGCUUACUCUGAACCUCUCAGAGAAAGGGAUGAGUGAUGGCUUGCUCUUUGACACCUCAGAUGAGGAGGAGCUGAGGGAGCAGUUGGAUAUGCAUUCAAUCAUCGUCUCCUGUGUCAGUGAGGAGCCCCUCUUCACCGCAGACCAGGUUAUUGAAGAAAUUGAAGAGAUGAUGCAGGAGUCACCAGACCCAGAAGACGAUGAGACUCCCACACAGUCAGACCGGCUCUCCAUGCUCUCCCAGGAGAUUCAAACUCUUAAGCGGUCUAGCAUGAGCAGCUAUGAAGAGCGAGUGAAAAGGCUGUCAGUAUCUGAGCUAAACGAGCUGCUGGAAGAAAUCGAGACAGCCAUUAAGGAGUACUCUGAGGAGUUGGUACAGCAGUUGGCCCUGAGAGAUGAACUGGAGUUUGAGAAGGAAGUGGAAAACAGCUUUAUUUCUGCUCUGAUUGAGGUGCAGAACAAGCAGAAAGAACACAAAGAGACAGCUAAGAAGAAGAAGAAGCUCAAAAAUGGCAGCUCUCAGAAUGGGAGAAAUGAGAGAAGUCACAUGCCAGGCACACGCUUCAGCAUGGAAGGGAUCUCAAAUGUCAUUCAGAAUGGCCUCCGCCACACCUUUGGAAACUCAGGUGGAGAGAAACAGUAUCUGACGACAGUCAUCCCUUACGAGAAGAAGAAUGGCCCACCAUCUGUUGAAGAUCUUCAAAUAUUAACAAAAAUUCUGCAUGCCAUGAAGGAGGACAGUGAGAAAGUUCCAAGCUUGUUAACCGACUACAUACUGAAAGUUCUAUGUCCGACAUAGAGCAGCGUACGGUGGGAGCCGCUUCCCCUUCUGUGGACUCCAGGCUUGAUGAUCUAUGGUGUUACUCUGGAACAUGCUGUCACGAGUCCCAGCUUUUGGAGACCCAGCACACUUGAACUUGGAUUUGCAAUUCAGUAUUAAUAGAUCAUGACUUCACUAAUCUAUCAUAUUAUAGCACCAUGAGAGCUACGGUACUCUCGGAUUCUGGAGAUAGGUUUUGGUAAAUGUAACCGUUGUGAACUGGUUUCUAAGUUAACAGAGUCAAGGAGAGGGACAUGAACUAUGCAUGCUGUUAUGUGUUUGACAGUGUGGCUGUUAGGUUUUGAAUUCCUCCAUCUGAACUGCACUGAAGAACUAGAUUAAAGCACCGGGAGAUCCACCUGUAGCUGUUCUUCAGGGAGGGUGAGAAUCAGUGUUUUAGAGCAUCUUCAGAAUAUUACCUGCCAGUAUUGUCCAGUAACACUGAACUUCAGCGUGGCUGCUCUGAAGCAGGGCCACUACCUGCACUGCUUUUGCCUGAUUGUGGACGCCGGACACUGUUGGAAACUGAUUUUUGUAAUUGCUGCCUGAUUUACCAUUGUUGGCAUGCAAGCCAUUAGGAUGCCAUUCAGAAUCAUUAUGAGCGUUGGGUCUGUCUGUCCUCUGAAGAAGUGUGUUUGGGAAGGGGUUCAUGCCUCUGAGGUGCUGAAGGAGCUACUGAGGUACUGCCUUUUCUCAUGGGUGUGUCCAGUUUUAUUUACACCUGUGUGCUUUUCUAGAACAAGCUGCUCAUGGCUGCAACACUAAUCAUGAACACUUUUUUUUGCCAGUUUCAGUCAAGUCAGUGGCAUUUAAUAAAAUUACAUCAUACUUAGGA